GACAGAAAUUUUCCUUAAUUAAAUAUCAACAGAUAAAUGAACAUCAAAUUUUAUAUAUGGAAGCUGAUCUACUUGUUAAUGAUGUAACUAGCAAAAAUACAUCGUCGGAAGUUAGAGCUGGGGAGGUGAAAACAAUUAAAUUUGAGGUUAAAUUGGAUAAAAUUUUAAAAAAUAUUGUGAGUUUUAAGAUUCGAUUGCCUCAACGAGGGCUUGUUACAAGUUUGGAGAGUAAAAGUGUAUCGGUUUUGUAUACUAUCCAGCUUGAAUUAAAGUAUAGAGAUAAUAGUGAGUUUAGAAAUUUAAUAAAAAUAUUUUAG